AUGGCACCAGCAUCCCUUGCUACACCGACCACCACCACAGCAACCAGCAAUUCUGGCAGCAACCAGCAAUUCCGGCAGCCAUCUCCACCAUCGGCAACACCCACUGCAACUCUCGGCCACCUCCAGGUCCUCCAGCAACUCGCCACCAGCCCGAGCACCCCUCUACAGCAGCCAGGAGCCACCACUGCUGCACAGCCCCGCCGGGUUCCCUCCAGUCCGUGCACCAGGAACCCCAUCAACCUCUGCAACUCUCGGCCACCUCCGGCCACGCACAGCCUCUGCAAAUCCCCCAGCAGUCCCCUCGACAUGGCACUAGGAGGUCGACAUGGCCGACUUCCUUCCAGACUCUCGACUACAUCAUUGCAUGAGGAUGAUCCAACGUCCUCGAGACCGACAGAGCACGUCGGUCCUGAUGCGACACCAUCAUUGUCUAAGCCAUUGGGACCUUGGCCAGACAUGGAUACCACAGUUCGGGAUGACACGCAGGACUAUGGUGUAGUGAAGAACACGAAGCUUAAGAAGCACCUGGAGAGGAUGGGGCAGCGGAUUUGGAUUGACAUUCCUCUAGGCUUCACAGCCCCGCAUGAUGAUUGGUGCCCAGCGUGGACAUGGGAGCUUGGCAUUAUAUACCGACAAUAUGCUCUAGUCACCACCUUCAGCUUGCUAAUGGAGACCAAGGAUAACAAUUUGGAUAGUAACUCCAAGGAGACUACGAGCAAUGAGUCUCCUUCUGUGCCUUGA